ACGUGAGAGACAACGGUUAACUUAUCCUAAAGGUUCAAGUGUGACAGUUGAGGUUGAGGCAUUAGUUGUUGUUAUUCUAGUAGUUAGAAAUAACGGGGUAUUUUUUUUGUAGUUCUGGUUGAUUUUGACAUUUUUAAAACACGAGUAUUGAACAGAAGGAUGACUUCAUUUGUAGUGCGUUUUCGUUUUUAUUUCUGAAGACUGCCGAUCUCUUGCCAUAAUUUGAAUUUGAAAGUUGACUGACAAUGUAUGUUGGUUUUGCUUCUUCAAGGUACUGAACAGUUGCCUUAUUGUGAAUUUUUCAUUACUGUUGUCAGCCGCCUUUUUUUACUCAAUUUUCGAAUGAAAUUUGCUAUAGAAGUGAGGAAGUUAUUAAUUGUCGUAUAAUUUUCCGAUAUGCAGGCUGUUUGUGUCAUCUGCCACGAUCCAUUUGAUGGUGCAGUUGGUAUUGUUACAACCCAAUGUGGUCAUAUCUUUCAUAAUAGUUGUAUAGAAAAGUGGCUUGCCCGAUCGGGUACUUGUCCUGAAUGCAGAAAUAUUGUUUUUAAAGAAAGCCUCACAAAACUUUUUUUUAACGUUUCUUUUGAUGAUAAAUCUGGUAAUAACAUAGAGAGGUCGUUGGAUGAAUUAAAAAAACAACUGCAUGAAAAGGAUUUAGCAAUUAUCGAGAAAGAUAAAAAGAUCAAGAAACUGCAGGCUCAUUGUGCUCUUUCUGAAAAAGGAAAGGAAAACAUGCAUCAAAACAUUAUGGAACUUCAAAAUCAGCUUAAUAUUUUAAAAAGGAAAAAUCAGAGGAUAGUCCUUUUUGAAGCUAGAAAUCAAUUGUUAUUACAUGAAAGAAAUAUGUUACAGAGUGAGUUGGAACAUCUGAACAAUAUUAAGAUAAUUGUGGAAGCAAGUUCUAAUGAUACUACAGAACUUUUGAGAAGUAUGCAAGUACAUGAAUUUAGUGAAGAAGGAAAUUUAGCUUUUAGUAGAUUAGCUACAUAUUGUUCAGUAAUAAAGCGGGAGCUUUCUUCUUGUAUAGAAGUGAAAAACCAAUUACAAAAUGAAUUAACGCAGGUAAAACGCAAGAUGGGAAUACUGCAAGCAGAAAAUGAACAAAUAAAGAGACAACUUGAAAAACAAAAUAAGACAAUAGAGGAUUUGAAUUCUGCUUUAUCUGAAAGGGAAUCUACUGGAUCACAUUCUAUUCCUAUCCCUCCUUGUUCACCUACUGCAGAAUGUAGAAAUUUUGAUAAGUCUGUUUUAUUAUGCAAGGAUAGCUCAUUUUCUACUGACAUUCCAGAAAAUAAGAGACGGAAAAUGAAUAUUGUAGUUGUAGAUAGACAUCCAAAAGCUGUGAUCUUGGGGAAGAAAAUAACUGCAGAAGCACCUGGUUCUAGACUGACUAAUGUGCAUGCUGCAAGACGAUAUUCAAGUAAUGAAGAUUCGGUUUCGCGAGUUGGAUACAAUGGCUUAGGUGGUCAUGGAUGUAUUGUUAUAGGCAGUGGCAAAAAGAAAGUAUCAUUCAGAAAGAAAACUAGAUAUUGAACUCUAAAAGUUUUUAGACGACAUUAUAGUGUUUUGUAAUAAUUGUGGAAUGGGAUAGUAAUCGAAUACUGAUGCUCAGAAAGUCAUUACUUUCAUUCUUUCAAAUAUUUUUGACUUUAAGGAAAUUUAAAAAUUGGUUCUGAUAUGUAUUGCUAAAAAAUAAGAGAAGUAGAGAGAAUAAACAUUAAAAUUUAUAUUUAAUUUAGUUUCAAAUUGUUAUUUUAUAAAUUUUCAUAAACAUUUUUUAAGUUAUCAGUUGAGAAAGGCACAUUGCUGUAGAUCAAGAAUAAUUGACCAAAUAGUUGAAAGCAUUUCAUUAAACUUGCUAGAUAGACUUGGAAAUGUAUUUAUUGUAUGGAAAUGUAUGUAUCAUGUAUUUAUUCUUUAAACAAUCUGCUUUUAAAUUUUUUUAGCAUUGCUGAAGUUUAAAUCUUAAAAAGCUUCAUUAGUGUUUCCUCUUGUGUGUAUAUAUAUGCAGUUGAGCAAUAAUAAAUUUUAUAAGUGAAACCAAGGUUCCAAAGUAUUUUUAGAUUAAAAGUAAAAAAAUUUAUAAAUCCUGCUAUAGCUGAAUAUUACUAGUAAUCACCAGCCAGUUAUGACUAGAUCUUUAAAAAAAUGCAAAAUGUAAAGAACUCGAACAUUUUAAAACAAAUUUAUUUGGGGAUUCUAAUAAUAAGUUUUUGAUUUUUCAUGCCUGUAUAUAUUUAUAAAUUUGAGUUUAUUCUUUCCUUCACAUCAUUAAGACUUUCAUUGUCCUACAAACUAAGCUUAUAAAAAAAAAAAAAACAUUGUUUCACAUCUUGAAAAUUUGAUUUUACUUAUUUGCAAUUGCCUCGUAAACCUUUUUAUUGUAAAGUGGUGAUCUUUUUAUUUUUAAUAAUAUAUGAAUUUUUCUUGUGGCAUUUUAGAAAAUGAGAAUUCUUGGUUUUAUUCAUAAUUUUAAGUUGAUAUUUAUGAAAUAUUUCCAGUGUGACUUUUUAUAGGAAGGUUUUCCUUCUUCUUUUCCUAUAAACAUGAAUAUGUUCCUUCUUUCGUUCACAUCAUAUAGACUUAGAGUAUCUUAAAAUCUGAAAGAAAUGAGGAAAAAAAAAAGUUUCAUUUUAUGUAAAUAUUUUUUUAUGUAAAUAUUUCAUACUAUUUUGAUUUU